AUGCCUCUAAAUCCGGCCGCUAGACGUUAUCCCGACAGCUUCGACAUCCGUCGCAAGGAGGGAGGGCGGGCGGCCUCCGUUGCGACGGGGGAAGCGGGCGAAACUAUAAAUUGUCCUUUAAUUACCCCCGGGCAGCGUCACAUCAUGGAUCCGGACAGUUUUAUGACGAUUUACGGCACAUUUCGACGCGGGGACCGGCCCGCUUUGGGAUUCCGGGCGCCCGGCUCGCCGAGACCUCCCGCCCCCCCUUCCUUAUUCUCGACGCGCGGGGCCGCGGGGCGGGGGCGGCGCCGGCGGCGGCUCACCGCUGGCCGGUCGGCGUACGUCACCUUUUACACUGCCGGGGGGUUU